GGCUGAGCAGGCUUUCCUGCAUCAGAUAGCUGAGCACAGGUUGAAGUGUCCACGCUCGCACCCGGACAGACCCGCUGUCUGUGGCUUUCCCGUCCUGGGAGUCCAGGAAGAGGAGCAUCAGAAAACAGAAGAGCCGAGUGUCAUCUGGCCUUUAACUCGCACCUGAUUCAACAGGAAGACCAUCGCGAAACGCUCCAAAAUGUUUUUCAGACUCCCAAGACUGACUCCGGGCUACAUCAGGCUGCUGCAGACCCAGGCCUACCACAAUGUGUCUGUGGUGCCUCCAGUGCAGAGGACCAUGCCGGGCAUGGCUAUGCUGCUGGGGGCCGUGGGGAUCGGGAUGUGUGGCUACAGCUCCAGGCAGUUGGCCCUCUACCACCGGCCCUCCGCCCGCGUGCUGCAGUGGGUUGGCACACACACUGACGCCAGCAUGGUGGUCACGGCAGCCCACAAGACCCCCUUCCUGGAUGUUAAUCGCCAGGCCGGAGCCUACCAGGAGAUCCCACCUCCCUCCUUUGUGGGCCAGAAAGUUUCCGUGAAAUAAUAAGCUUUGGAGCUUGGAUGCAGAUUGGCCAACAUCAUAGGUUGAGCUCCAGUAACUACACUCAUGCAGGACUCAGAUUGUAGCUAUGCUGGCCCCCCCGUGUGGCCCAUGUGCUCUCUGAUGACGUGCAAGUGUGGAUGUUGGACUGACCUCAACCUUUAUGUUCGCAGGAAGUUGGAUGUCUUCUAGUAAUAAUGAGUUCUGUAACUAAUGCAACUGGUACAAAAAUAGUCAAAACGCUAUUCACACUCACUAGUAUUAAGGUAAUGCACUGAGAGGGCACAAAGCAAAAUGAAUGAUUGGAUGAGUGCGUAAUGAUGCUGGAACUUCCAAAAUGCUGCUGCUGAAUGCAGCAUGAAGGAGCUAACAUGUUUAAUUUGGAGACAUUGUGUGUCUUUUUGAAGCCCGGCGUAAAAACGCUUGGCAGUGUCCCUCUGUACACAGAUGGUUGGCAACGCUCUCCCUCUGCCCUCCCCUCCUCCACCCUCUCCAGACAGACAGCCACGUGUAAGUGCUUGAGCACCCCAUCUCUGCCCAUGACUUCAAUUGAUUUCCUCCGAGGAGGAGCAGGUGCCAUCCAUCAACUCGCCUUGGCGUUUGCUGGCGCAGUCCGGCACCGGCUGUCAAUCAAGAGACGGCGGAGGAAGACACAGGUUGGCUUGGCGACUGAAUCAGUGACUGGUGCUUCCUGUGUUCAGACAAGUUGAAUUCUCUGAAGGAUUGGUCAGGGUGGCGACAGAAUAGCAGAUAGUGGCCGGGCUGUUUUGUGGAUUGAAAGCGCUUCUUUUAAUAGAAGAAAGUUUGUUAUCAAACCUGAGUCAUGUAAACAACACCUUGCCGGAUUACGAGUCCUAAUUUACCCUGCGGCUGGCUGGAGGGCAAGUUAGAAUGGUGAUUCCUCGUGGAUAAGCCUGUGUCCUCUGUGGGGAUUAACCCAGGUGGAAAAUCAUCCCUGGCACACAUACUCCUUCACCUAAUCUGGUAUUAGAGAUGAGGAAGGGCCCGUGAGAGGGCAGACAGUCCCUGACUGUGCAUCCACAACGUUGUACCAUUCCCCCUGCAGUGUCCACCAUUCGUCCCACUGCCAUACAUGGACAUAUCCAUUAUGGGAUUGGUGUUUCCUUUUGUGUUUUACACCAAAAACGUUGCAGUGAAAAGGGACUGGCGAGACACUGAGUGUGGUUGAGAAUGCGUGCUGUGCCUUAUGUAUGGAUAGCAUGGGGUCAUACUGUCUUUAUCUUUACCGCCUACCAAUAUUUGAAAAUCUACUGAAUGUGGAGUUUUGUGUUUCACACAUCAGGGUGUGACGGCACCAAGCCGUAAAAAGGGAGAGUUUUAUUUCUCCACAAGCAGGGGACAGGAGGAGUUUUGUAGUAUUCUGGAAAGUUGUGAAAAAAAGGAGGAUGGUGAGAAAGUUGAGUGUUUCAUCACAUAGAGGUCAGCCAAACCUCGUAAUCCAUUUUUCAUUGUUUAAGAGCCACCCUUGUUCAAAUGCCAAAUUGGACCAGCGGCUAGUUGUGGCAGGUUGGGAGUUUUUAGCGCCCCGAUAGUGGCCUUUUCAGACCGCUAGCGCUGUAGGUCACCAACAAAAUGCUCGUAAUCCACUCAGCAGAGGGAGCUAAUGGCUCCAACUGGCACCAGACACUGAACAAGCAUUGCUAUGGACACCCAUAAGCAAUUUCAUAAUGGGGUUGUGAUGCUCUCAAAACAACAGGAUAUGCCUGAAGGUAAAAUCCAGGGUAAAUUAGGACUAAAACGUACAAAUUCAGAUAUGACUCCUUAUGCUCUUCACCUGUUCUAAAGUCUGAAAGUCACACUGACGCACGCCAACUGCAUUUUAUAGUCCUUUUCAGGCAUUGCAUUCCCAUGAGUGUGAAAUCAGUGUGGGUGAGGGAGCUGGAGGUUGUGUAACGCACCUGGCUGCCUGUGAUGGAUUCUCUCCAUACUGCAGUGGUGCACAGUGAGCACAGAGCACUGUGGAAACCUAUUGAUCUCAAUCAGAGGGCGAGGGAGAGCUCACUGCAGCAAACUUCCUGUUUCACUCAGCAGAGUACAGUUUAUGAGGGAGGACUGCCCGAGACAAGACAGUGCACCGGCAACGAUGAAUUAUCUGGAAACGUGUUCGCUGUUGGAAUGAAACACAGGGAAUGUUUGUAUUCAUCCGUCAGCUUGUUGUGUGGGCGUCACACAUCAGCGCUCAUUCAUUUACCAUCUAUAAAGGUUUACUCACUCGACUUCAGCUGUGUGCCUAUUAAAGGAGAGAUUUGUUCUGUUAGCAAUAUAAUUCAUAUUUAAUGAAAAGAUGUUGGAAAAGAUUCAUGAAAUAAAAGCAUCUUGCAAACACGCUGCUCUACUGUUGCACUUAGUCACACCUGCAGGUCACUUUUUGUUUUUUGUACAGUGUUGUGCGAUGUGUUUUUUUUGUACCAACAAAUAAAUAUGUUUUUAGUCAAA